AUGCCAAUCUACGAAGUUGAGCUUGUGGAGCUAGUUGACUUUAACGAAGGCAAUGUGGAACUGGUUGAACUAAACCAACCUGGAGAUGUUGUGGAAAUUGAUAUCGAUGAAUAUUUUCCUAAACUGGAAGAUCCAACGGAUGAUCCUUUAGGAGUCGGAGACAUUAUUCAGAACAAUGUCGACCCAGUUGCUUCAAUUAGCACAGGUUCGAUGUCUGUUAUUGAGUUGGAGGUCAAAGAGGAUGAAGGGGCUGAGGAAGAUGAUGGGAACGAGGAAGAGGCCGCUAUCUACACUUGUCAAGAAUGUAAUUAUCAAACAUUAUCAAUCUCCAACCUCAGUAUACACUCCCACGUGAAAUUACGAUGCUACCUCUGCAAGUUUUCAACCCAGCUCAAGUCUGAAUUUAAUCAGCACAUGCAUAAGCAUAAACCCAAGGGAGGAGCUCAAACUGGUCCUGCUCCUGCUCCACCACGACAGGUUCCAGUUAACAGUUUAGGCGGGACUACUUCACAGUUUCACUGUAAACCUUGUAAACUUGCUUUCAGCUCUAGUUUAAGUUUGGAGAAUCAUCAAAGAGUGAGACACACUUCCUCGCGAAUAAAAUGUAAUCUCUGUGAUUUUUCACACAUUAGUCCCGUGAUAUUAAAACAGCACAUGAAGAUUGAGCACCCAGCACUAAGAGUAUCAGAUUUUUUCUGCAAAGAAUGUAGCUUAUCCUUCUCCUCUCAGAAAGUUCUAGAAAGCCACAUGAACGUUCGCCAUGGGGGAACCAUUGUCACAAAGAGCGCCAAAAUGGCUACUCCCCGAGUCAACCAGAAUGUCAAACGAAAACGCACCUCAGUCCAGAUCCCUAAAACCACAAAUAAGCCAGUUGAGACGUCCGUGUGGCAUGUGGUCGUUGAUAAGGAGAAGAAAUCGCGUUACUCCUGCAGAACCUGCGGGUUUACUACAGACGAUGAGAAUGUUCUGACUGAACAUGAAGCAAGUUUUCCAAGUAUUUACGUCUGCUCUUUCUGCUCAUUUGAGACCCAUUGGAGUUCUAAAGUGACAGAACAUAAGAUCGCCGAACAUCCUGAUAGUGUGAAAUUUCCCUGUGAUUUGUGUGAAUUUCGUACGUGCAAUAAUGCGGGAUUACACACCCACAAGCGAAUUGUUCACGGCAUUAUGGAACCUAUAAUAUAG